AUGUUAGUUGAGUUGGUAUGUUCCCUUCUUCUCAACCCUCCACCCUCUAGCUGCCAACCCCUCACCCUCUGCCAACCCUCUGCCCUCUCCCUGUCAACCCUCCGCCCCCUACCUGUCAACCCUCUGCCCCCUACCUGUCAACCCCUCACCCUCUGCCAAUCCUCUGCCCCCUACCUGCCAACCCUCCGCCCCCUACCUGCCAACCCUCCGCCCCCUAUCUGUCAACCCUCCGCCCCCUACCUGCCAACCCUCCGCCCCUACCUGCCAACCCUCCACCCCCUACCUGUCAAUCCCUCACCCUCUGCCAACCCUCCACCCCCUAUCUGCCAACCCCUCACCCCCUACCUGUCAAUCCCUCACCCUCUGCCAACCCUCCACCCCCUAUCUGCCAACCCCUCACCCCCUACCUGUCAACGCCUCACCCUCUGCCAACCCUCUGCCCCCUACCUGCCAACCCUCCGCCCCCUCCUCCGCCCCUACCUGCCAACCCUCUGCCCCCUACCUGCCAACCCCACACCCUCUGCCAACCCUCCACCCUAA